UUUUCAUUGUGUCUCAGGCUUUAUACCAUGCAUUGUCCUCGUGUGUCAACGAACCAACGCAUACUGUGGUAUACUGCGCAUGACCAAUGAUUAUAUUUCACAAAAGAUGUGCAGUGACAACUUGCAACGCUCUGUAUUUACAGUCUGCUCCAAAUUCGGCGUCAAUGUUUUUAUUAUACGAAAGUUUGAAUCUUAAUCUGUUAAAGCAGUUCGAAAACGGUAACAUUGUAAAUUGAUAAUGAUCGAUUUGUUAUUCUACGUUACAUUUUUUAUUCGUUAUUGUGAAACGCGUAUAAAAACAAACAAUUGCCACGCUCUAAAGUGUUUUCAUAUAUGAGACGUACCUCGGUGGACGUUAUGUGCAAUUAGGUGUCCCGGACGAAAGUGAGAAGAUGUCAACUCCAAAAACAAAAGGUGGCUUAUUUUUGGCUUCAUCCCUCUGCGAUGGGCUUGAGGAUAAUAACAUAAGACAAGUGGCAACUCUCUUAUUAAAUAAAGAUGCGGAUCCUAAUGUCUUGAUUCCGGCACACGGAAUUACUCCAUUUCAUUUAGUUAUCGGUAACGAUUCAGAGGAAUUUGCAGAGGAAGUGACCAAGCUGUUCUUACGUCAUGGUGGCAACCCCAAUGUGAGAUCAAAUGAUGGUAUGACUCCAGUUCACGUAGCAGCAGCUUGGGGCAGGAUAAACAUACUGCAGUUGCUUCUGGCAAACGGUGGUGAUCCAUUCUGCUUGGACAAUGAUGGACGUAGUCCAUUUCACUAUGCCUUCGAUGGAAAGUAUUUUAAAGCCAUCACAUUACUUUCAAAUUACUGCACAAAUAUUCAAGACGAGGAUGACAAACCAAAGUAUAAUAUGGAACUUGAUAAAGUUUUAAUUACUACUGGGGAUAUGAUCGCCGAAUAUGUUGCAUCAAAAGAUGUGUUAGAUAGUACGCUUGCUUUACAAUUGGAAUCUUCCAAUUGUAAAUUAAACUCUUCUUCGAUGAUUGUAGACACGAGCCUUGUUACAGAUGCACGCGCUGUCAUUGAAACGAAGUACAAACUGGCAAAUAAUUUAGAUGGCUGUAGAGCUAAUAAUAUGGCGACCGCUCAAAUACAGAAUAAUCUUUUGCAGACUGAUGAGGAAAAGAUACAAAAUUAUUCGUUUGUCGAUCUCGAUUUCGACUUUGCAAAUUUACAUCUUUCCGAUGUCAUGCAAAAGGAAAGGUGCCUCGUUAGUCAGAUUAUUAAUCAUCUUUCAUCGUCGUUAACAAGUAAUUGCACUAUUGACGAAACUUUACAUAAGUACAAAAACAAGCGAAAGAAAAACAAUUCUGUUGCAUCAAUCCAUCUAAUGAAAGAUGCAAAUGCGUGUUCUAAAUAUAAAAAGCCAAAGAAUUCAUGUAAAAUAAAGAAUAAUCCUGAUAAAGAUACCUUAAAACUUGAGACUUUGAAUAUAAAAAGACAAUACUCAAAGCAUAAUAUACGAAACACUUCUAAAAGAAAAUGCAAAGAUAUCUCCGACAAGAUUUCUUUAACACCGACUCGCGUCUUAAAUAAUUCUAUCAUUAGCAUGUCACCGAACUUUAAUACGCCUAAUCAUAGAAAAAAGAGAAAUGCUUAUAAAACUCCGUUAAUACCAUCACAUAUUUGCGAUGAUUCUAUCAUUAGCAAGUCACCUAAUUUUACACCAGUCUGUAAAAAAAGAAAUCUGACAAAGAUCUCAUGUACAGAUGACUAUUCUCCAAAAUUCAAGAAAUCUCGUGAAUACAAAAACCAAAUGUCUGAGUUUAAUUGGGAUAAAAAACAUAUUGCUCAGUCAACACCGAGAAGAAAAAAACGAUCGAUAUACAGGUUCCAUUCGAGCCGAAAAAGAUUUGAUCCUUAUCGAUAUGAAAGUGAUGUUACUUCUGAUGAAUUUACUUCUAAUAAACUAAAGUUAAUUGAUUUGAACAAAACUAUUUUUUUGGGAACAUUUAGAGAUACAACUCGUUACGAUAUUCUAGAUACAAGUAGUGAAUUUUCAUCAACGAAUUUUACAAAAUCUUCAAAAAUAAAACGAAGCAAUCUGUGUAAUAAUGAUUUGGCAAUAAAGUUGGAUGAAAGAAGAUAUGAUGAAGAUAGUACAAUGGAUGAUAACAGUGAUGCAAAUAUCUUAGAUACAAGUAGCAAUUCUAAUCAAAUUGAGAAAGAGAACGAAGAACUUCUUGAUACUUUCAGCAAUAAUAAGAUAUAUCUAAAAGAUAAAGUGAAUACUGAAUUUAUAACAACCGAAACAAUACAUAAUAUAGAUAAAAUACCAGAAAAAUCGAUAGAUAUUUUUACUAGUAAUAUAAAAUCUACGUGUCCAAUCGAAUCUGAUUCGUCGCAUAAAGAAAAUUCUGUAGAUUGUGUCGAUUGUGAUACUAAAAAAUUCUUAAAUGAAGAUCUAAAUAUGAAUAUAAGUAAGACCUGUAAUUUUCAUGCGAAAAAUUGGUGCAAUGACAGCUUUCAUGAACUUCCAUUACAUAACUCGCCUAAAGAAAAUAAUUCAUAUAAGAAACGAAUUUGUUUAUCGGAUUCUCGAAACUCGUAUUCUUCAAGAAGAAUCGAUUCUAAGAGGAUACAGGAUUUGAUGCUGAAGACAAAAAACUUAGACGUGCAUCAAACUGAAGAUUCGUCUCUGCUUUCAUAUGUUAGUGCUCAAGAAUACAAAUAUGAAGAUCCAGAAAAAGGUGUAAUUCUAUUAGAACGACGAUUUUGCGUUACACCACUUAGUACUUCCAAUAGAACUGAACACGAUACCAGAAGUAAAACGACUAUGUCUGAUGUUUCAAAUGCAUCCACUUCUCGAAAUUUGCCAGAAGAGCUAUUGUUUAUUGAUGAUGUUGCUCUUAGACGAGAACUUAAACAACUUGGUGAUCAACCUGGUCCGAUCAUCGAUACAACCAGACCGCUUUACAAAAAACGUCUUUUGCGUUUAAGAAGUAUUAAGGAUGUUAACCCUACUUCAUCAAAUUCGCAGAAUCUUCCAAGAAAUUACGCAAGAUUGAACAACAACAUUAGAUCUGAUUUAGAGUUUGGACAAUGGAUAAAUCAUUUGAAUACUUACGAAAGUCUGGAGAAACAAGUAUUUCAAGAAUUUGCAUUUCCAGAUCCGUCUCGGAGAUGGCGGGAGGGCACAUCAAGAACAUCAUUCACUUAUUUGUUAUUAGAUCCGCGUAUAACGCAAAAUCUACCAAAUCGUAGUCUCACAGAACCAGAAGUUUGGUCGACUUUUUAUAACGCUAUAUUUUACAUUGGCAAGGGUAAACGUUCCAGACCUUUCGCUCAUCUCUAUGAUGCUUUCAAGAUAUGGAGGGAUGGCUUGAGCACCACAAACGAAAAAAUCAAAUGCAUUCUUGAUAUAUGGAACAGCGGUCAUGGUGUGAUAUGUUUGCAUGUGUUUCAAAACAUUAUCCCAGUGGAGGCUUACACGAGAGAGGCUGCCAUGAUAGACGCGAUCGGAAAGGAGUACUUGAAAAAUUCUAGAGGCGGCGAGUAUUACGGCAUCGUAGCAACAUGGAGCAUCAGACAAACGAAAUUUGGUAGAUACUUAUUAUAUAAAGCCUUGCAAAUUUUUAUGUUGGAGGGAGAAAGGCAGCUUUUCCCCAAUGAUUUAUGAUGCGAGCAAAGUAAGAUAAAUUGUAAUAUAAUAAAUCAGUUUUUGAUACCGCGAUAAAUUUUAUAUGUAUAUAUAGCAAAAAGAAUUGUAUAUUAUGAUGUGCAGUAACCAAGUAUGAUGAUUAUAUUAAUUAUUUUUUGCCAAUUAAGUUCGCAGAAUAUAUAAAUAAUUGCGUGCAAUUUGAUAAAAUAUAUAAAAUAAAUAUAUGUAUUUUUAAGGACUCGGCACUAAAAAAAGGUGCAUGUAAAAAUCAUACAUAUCUAACAUUGUAACGAGAGAUAAACAUCUUCGUUUAAUUUGUAACAUAAAAACAUGGAAUUAUGAUACUUAAAUUCUUAGAAGACAUGGACAAAUUAAGCAAUGUAAUUUAUGGCUAAUUCAUGAACUGUUAAUAAUUAAUCUUUGUAUAUUUAUCAAUACAUAUUUUGCAAAACAUAA